UCUCUUGCCACCCUUUUUUUUUGGUUGGAUGUUGUGUGUAAAUGUGGGAGCAAGUCAUUCCUUUUGCUGGAGCUGGAGAGACUACUUCUUUAAAGCCACGCGCACACUCGCAACGCAAGCACAAGCACGCUUGCCCACUUCUUCUCCACUUCACACUCCGCCGCUUGCUUCGCCUAGCUAGUAGCUAGCCUCGAUCGAACGAAGCUCGAUCUCAACCCGACCUCGCGGCAAUGGCGGGGCGCGUCGCUGCGCCGCGUGCUCCUCAAUGAUUGCUCCUCCCCGAUCGCCAUUGCCGCCAGCUUAGCUUGAUCCUUUUCCUUUGUUUUCUGCUACCUAGCUUAGCUUCACGAUGACCAACAAUAGCAGCAACGGCAACGGCAACUCCACGAACGCGGCGGCGAGCGGCUGGCUAGGCUUCUCGCUGUCGCCUUACAUGGCCUCCGCCAUGGACGACCACCACCACCAUGUUCAGCAGCAGCAGCAGCAGCAGCAUGGCCUCUUCUUCCCUUCCGUCACUGCCGCCGCCGCCGCCUACGGCCUCGGCGCCGGCGACGCCGUGGCCACCAGCGCGUCGCCGUACUACACGCCGCAGCUCGCGUCCAUGCCGCUCAAGUCCGACGGCUCCCUCUGCAUCAUGGAGGCGCUCCGGCGAAGCGAUCAAGAUCACCACCACGGGCCGAAGCUCGAGGACUUCUUGGGCGCUGCGCAGUCGCAGGCCGCCAUGGCGCUGAGCCUGGACAACGCCGCCGCCUCCAGCUUCUACUACUACGGCGGCGCCGGCGGGGGGCACCACCAGGGGUCGUCGUUCCUGCAGCCGUGCGUCGACCUGUACGGCGGGCCCUCGGCGGCCUCGCUCGUGGCCGACGACGAGGCCGCGGCGGCCGCCACGGCGAUGGCGAGCUGGGUGGCCGCGCGCGCCAGCGCGGCAGAGAGCGGCGUGCUGUCCGCCGCCGCCGCGGGGCACCACCACGCGCUGGCCCUGUCCAUGAGCCCCGGGUCGCUGUCGAGCUGCGUGACCGCGCACCCCGCCGGCGAGUACGGCAUGGUGGCCGCCGCCGCGAUGGACGGCGGGCGGAAGCGCGGCGGCGCGGCCGGCGGGCAGAAGCAGCCCGUGCACCACCGCAAGUCCAUCGACACGUUCGGGCAGAGGACGUCGCAGUACCGCGGCGUCACGAGGCAUAGGUGGACGGGGAGGUACGAGGCGCACCUGUGGGACAACAGCUGCAAGAAGGAAGGCCAGACCAGGAAGGGCAGGCAAGUUUACCUCGGCGGGUACGACAUGGAGGAGAAGGCGGCGAGAGCCUACGACCUGGCGGCGCUCAAGUACUGGGGCCCCUCCACGCACAUCAACUUCCCGCUGGAGGACUACCAGGAGGAGCUGGAGGAGAUGAAGAACAUGACGCGGCAGGAGUACGUGGCACACCUCAGGAGGAAGAGCAGCGGUUUCUCACGGGGCGCGUCCAUGUACCGGGGAGUCACAAGGCACCACCAGCACGGGCGGUGGCAGGCGCGCAUCGGCCGCGUCUCCGGCAACAAGGACCUCUACCUCGGCACCUUCAGCACGCAGGAGGAGGCGGCGGAGGCGUACGACAUCGCCGCCAUCAAGUUCCGGGGCCUCAACGCCGUCACCAACUUCGACAUCACGCGCUACGACGUCGACAAGAUCAUGGCCAGCAACACGCUGCUCCCCGGCGACCUCGCGCGCCGCAACAAGGACCACGACCACCACCAGGCCCCCGUCGCCGCCGACGCCGCGCUGCAGGUGCAGCCCGGCAGCGGCAGCGCCGCCGCGGCAGCACCGAGAGCCGCGGACCACCACGCCCACGGCCACCACCACGACGUGCUGUCCGGCGCGGAGGCCUUCUCGGUGCUGCACGACCUCGUGACCGCCGCGGAUGCCGGCGGCGGCGCCGGCCACCACGGAGCCGGCGUCGCGCCGCACAUGCCCAUGUCCAGCGCGUCGUCGCUGGUGACCAGCCUCGGCAACUCGCGCGAGGCCAGCCCCGACCGCGGCGGCGGCCUCUCCAUGCUCUUCUCCAAGCCGCCGCCGCCGGCGCAGCAGCAGCAGCAGCAGGCGGCCAUGAACAAGCAGCCGAUGAGCCCGCUCAUGCCGCUCGGCUCCUGGGCGUCGCCGGCGUCGGCCAGGGCCGCCGCCGCCGCCUCCGUGUCCAUCGCUCACAUGCCCGUUUUCGCCGCCUGGACCGACGCCUGAUCGAUCUGAUCAGCCCACCACGGCCGGCUUCCGUGCGCGCACCAUGCACUUCUUCCCGAUCCACCGUUUUCCUCGUGCACGCGUGCGCGCGCGCGUCCGACUCCGACGACCGGCGGCUUGCCGCCGGCCGGCCGGCCGGCCUUGUUCACUAAGUUAAUUUAGGGUUCUUAGCUAGCUAGCUGGCUGGAUGGUUGGCAUAGAAUGCAGGUUAAUUAGUUACUUAGCCAUGGGGAUCGGAGAUUGGUUAGUAGUCAAGGUAGGUAGGUAGGUUAUCGAGCGAGGUUACCGAAAGUCAGAGAAUGCACGGCGUGGCCUCUGGUGUUUCCUUCUUCUCCGGCUCCGUCGACGGCGACGACGACGGCGAUGGGGUCGGAGGAGAAGGGGUUUUGUAAUAUGGAGGCCGGAGAUAACUAAUGUGCAUCUCCUCCAAAAUAUAUAUAUUUUCCAGAAACUAAUCCACUACUAAUUCUUAUUCACA